AUGUCCCUCCCGACCCCUGCGCCAUCGCCCCCAGCCUCGCCAAACCUUGCAGCCCGUAACGGUCUCGAGCCCGCACCCCUCCUCACGCCCGACCUCGAGCUCACCGCGCCCCCUCUCUUCCAAUUGCUUCGAGAGACAGGUGCCGGCGGCACCGCCGUACAGGUUGGUAGCGAAACGUCUGCUCCGGACGCCUAUGCCGAAAUGGUAGCGGCAGCAAAGCUGGCAGCCGGCGGCAGCAGCUUUGACACGGACGCCGACGAGGACGUCGUCAACGACAACGGGUUCGAGCACAUUGACAUGUCAAGACUCGGCCUCGAGGCCAUGCCGUCGCACACCUCGGCCGCCGGCGACGCUUCUCGCGUGUUGGCUGACCACGUCCACCCUACGCCCCAUGCCGUGAAUGGGCCCCCUCGACCCGGCCACAUGCUUGAGCAUUCCGCGGCCACGAGCAGCAUCAGCCGCGACGCCAGCGCCAUGGCUGUCGCAUUUGCACCGUCCUCUGCAACCGACGUGUCCGUCGCUACAGCACUUACCUCGGACACAGCGGCCGACUAUCUCUUCCCCGUCAUCCCAUCGAUCGAAGGUUACCGCCAGCAACCCACCGAGGCGUUUGGCGUGGUCCCAGGAUUCGCCUUUGGUGCACCACCACUCCUGCCUCUUGUCGAGCCCCAGACUGUUAUCGCUCCAGGCUUCUCCUUUGGUGUACCAGCCCCCGCGUUCAUCGCGCCCGAAACUGAUGCUGGCAUCGUUCCCGGGUUUGCUUUCGGUGCGCCACCACAACUGCAGCAGCAGCAACCCGAGCCUGCCACCCGUAUCGCCCCCGGAUUCACGUUCGGGACGUGUCACUCCGCCUCCUCGGCCACCACCCAGCCUGAGACGGCCUCGACGAGCUCUAGGAGCUCAUCUCGUCGUCCACAGGACGCUCUCCGCCUCAGCCCUCCACCACCUUUCUCAUUUGGCACAUGCCCCCCAGACCCGACACAGUUCUCGUUUGGCCAGACCGCUCCCACCCUCCCGCAACAACCACUCGUCUCGACCCCAGCAGCCGAGCUUGGCCCGUUCGAGUACCCCGUUGCUGUCGCCGCGACUGUGGCCACUCCGUCGCCGCGUGAUGGGUCACGUGAACGUGAACGUGACCUACGCCGCGCGGUGAGCGGCUCGGUGCUGGGCAACAACACGCCAUACAUUCCUCUGCGCACCUCGCGUUCACCUGGAACGUCUGCGGGCACCGGCCGAGCCUCUACACACUCGUCGCCAGCGACCACCCCACCUGUCACUGCCAGCGGUGCUCACCCCUUCUUCCCGCGUUCGCCGCCCAUGGGUCGUCGUGGCUCCAUCGCCCUAGGCCAGAUCUCACGCCUCGCUCGCAACCUUCCGGGACCGCCCAAACCAUCUGUUGCGCCCCCAAUUGCGCGUCGGCCGGGCCACACGCCUUCGUCGAGUAUUGCGUCCAACUCGGCUGUCGCAGUACCGACACCUGCCUCACCCAGCAUCGGGUCAUACGUCUGCCCCAGCGGGUCGUACUCUAGCGUCUCGCCAGUCAUGACAGCACCCUCGCCGUUGGCUCUCAGGCCCCAGCACGGCCGCCGGUCUUCGUCUUCGUCGUCUCUCCCCACCUCGUCACCCAACCCCAGCUUACCACUUCCCUUGGCCGUCGCUUCCCUGCCUGGGGUCACCACACCUGGCGCUACGCCCGUCAACAUCAGCGGACCAAUCUACCUCCCGCCCCGCGCGACCGUUGGCGGCCCCCUGGCCUUUGCCCAUGCGCCUCUCCCAGCACCCAUCCCACCCUCCCUCCUCGCUCGCCGCGGCAGCGUCCCUCUCAACGCGUUUGUCGGCCUCCCAGCCCCGCAAGGCGGCUGGAACCCCCAGGUCUCCAAGCUGUACCACCAGCCUCAGCGCCGGGGCGUAUCAGCACCCCGUCCCCGUCGCUGGAGCGGCAAAGAAGACUCACACCCAGCCCUCGUCUCCAGUGUCGGCAGCUCGAGCAGCGUCACGUCCUUGGCCACGCCUCUGACGACGCCCACAACCGACACCGAGAGGAGGAGCUUCUGGCCCCUGGCGCCCGUGCCCGGCAGCGGCAGCGCCCUAGCCGUCGGGCCCAUCGUGGACAAGGCCCUGGGCACGACGCCCACCCCGACGGGCCGGUCGGACGUUGACGCCGUGGAGCAGCUGGUCACCAACCCGCGUGGUCCCGGCGCGUACCGUCGCCUCAUUUCGGCGCCGAUCCCACUCUCCACUGUCCCCAGCUGUGACGGUCUCUAA